CCUAAUACGCGCCGCCACUAAUAGUCUCUCUCCUCAGUCUAAACCCUAAACGGCUAAACCCCUCUAUAUAUCCUCACAAUCUCCAUUGCCUGUAACUCUAAGCCUCUCUAAUCUCUCUCUCACAAAGUCGCACACUGAUUGCAAAUGACGGCGAGCACUCCAACUAGAGGCCGUGGUGGCGGUGGUGGAUUUAGGGGAGGCAGAGGCGAUGGGUGGAGAGGAGACAGAGGCGGAAGAGGAGGCUUUGGAGGAAGAGGAGGUUUUGGGGGAAGAGGCGGUGGUGAUAGAGGAAGUGGAAUGAAGCGCGGCAGAGGGAGAGACGGCGGAAGAGGUGGUGGUGGUAGGGGUGGUAGAGGAGGUAGAGGUCGCGGCGGUGGAAUGAAGGGAGGGAGUAGGGUUGUGGUUGAGCCUCAUAGACAUGAUGGAGUGUUCAUUGCUAAGGGCAAAGAAGACGCUCUUUGUACCAAAAACAUGGUCCCCGGCGAAGCCGUGUACAACGAAAAGAGGAUAUCUGUUCAGAACGAAGAUGGAACAAAGGUGGAGUAUAGGGUAUGGAACCCUUUCCGGUCAAAGUUGGCAGCUGCUAUUCUUGGUGGAGUUGAUGAUAUUUGGAUUAAACCUGGUGUUCGAGUCCUUUAUCUUGGAGCUGCUUCUGGAACCACUGUCUCUCAUGUGUCUGACCUUGUUGGCCCUACUGGAGUGGUUUAUGCAGUGGAGUUCUCUCACCGAAGUGGUAGGGACUUGGUAAACAUGGCAAAGAAGCGAACUAAUAUUAUACCCAUCAUUGAAGAUGCUAGACAUCCAGCCAAGUACAGAAUGCUUGUUGGCAUGGUUGAUGUGAUAUUUUCCGAUGUUGCUCAGCCUGAUCAGGCUAGGAUUUUAGCACUGAAUGGGUCUUAUUUCUUAAAAGCUGGAGGUCAUUUUGUUAUAUCAAUCAAGGUUUGUAUUUUGGAUUGAAUAUCAUUCUGAAAGAGUGGAGACCUCGCUUCCUUCUAUUAUAGUUUAGAAAUUUGAUCUAAUAUCAGAAAUAUUU